AUGGCGCGCCUACCGAGAGCUCUGCUCUUCCUGGCCUUCCUCGUGUGCUGUUUCAUUGGCAGUACAUUAGCGACAACACCCCAGAUCGACGAACGAGAACUACAGAGCGACGAGAAGCUAUCGGCGCUCGCUUCCCGCAAUGUUUUCGACUCAUGGUCUCCUUCGCUGGACGGCCGGGGGCUGGGAAUAUUGAAGAAGGCUGCUAGUGCCGUGAAGAAGGUUGCCGCCCCAGCAAAGAAGGCCGCUGCUGCUGUCAAGAAGGUCGUUACGCCCAAGAAGGCCGCUGCUGCUGUCAAGAAAGCCGCUGCACCCAAGAAGGCGGCUGCUGCCGUCAAGAAAGCCGCUGGUGGUGCUAAGAAGUCUGUUGCCAGCAAGAAGACUUCUACACCUAAGAAGGCCGCUACACCAAAGAAGCCUGCCGCCAGCAAGAAGGCUGCUACGCCCAAGAAGGCUUCGACACCUAAGAAGCCUGCCGCCAGCAAGAAAGCGACUACACCCAAGAAGGCCGCUGGUGGAAACAAGGCUGCUACACCUAAGAAGGCUGCUGCCAAUAAGAAGGCUGCUGCACCUAAGAAGGCCGUUGGUGGCAAGAAGCCUGCCGGUGGCAAGAAGCCUGCCACUCCAAAGAAGGCUGCUGGCGGCAAGAAGGCUGCUGCUGGGAAGAAGGCCACGACACCCAAGAAGGCCGCUGGCGGUAAGAAGGCUGCCACACCAAAGAAGGCUGCCGGUGGUAAGAAGGCUGCCACACCAAAGAAGGCUGCUGCUGGCAAGAAGGCCACUACACCCAAGAAGGCUGCUGGCGGCAAGAAACCUGCUGCCAACAAGAAGGCCGCUGGUGGUAGGAAGGCUGCUGCACCUAAGAAAGCCGCUGGUGGCAAGAAGCCCGCCGGUGGUAAGAAGGCUGCUACACCAAAGAAGGCUGCUGGUGGCAAGAAGACGGCUGGAGCCAAGAAGUCUCCUGCUGGCACUAAGAAGGCUGCUGGCAACAAGAAAGCAGUUGGAAACAAGAAGACUGCCGGUGCGAAGAAACCUUCUGGCAAUAAGAAGGCUGGCAGUAAGAAGGCAGUUGGAAACAAGAAGACUGCAGGUAACAAGAAGGCUGCUGGUGCUAAGAAGACUGCUGGUGCCAAGAAGCCUUCCGGCAACAAGAAGGCAGUUGGUAACAAGAAGACUGCCGGAGCCAAGAAAUCUGGUGCCAAGAAGUCUCCUGCUGGCACUAAGAAGGCUGCUGGCAACAAGAAAGCAGUUGGUAACAAGAAGACUCCAGCUGGUGCCAAGAAGUCCAGUGCUAAGAAGCCUUCCGGCAACAAGAAGGCUGCUGGUGCUAAGAAGACUGCUGGUGCCAAGAAGCCUUCCGGCAACAAGAAGGCAGUUGGUAACAAGAAGACUGCCGGAGCCAAGAAAUCUGGUGCCAAGAAGUCUCCUGCUGGUGCCAAGAAGUCUGCUGCUAAGAAGCCUUCCGGAAACAAGAAGGCUGCUGGUGCCAAGAAGCCUUCCGGCAACAAGAAAGCAGUUGGAAACAAGAAGACUGCCGGUGCGAAGAAAUCUGGUGCUAAGAAGUCUCCUGCUGGUGCUAAGAAGUCUACCACCAAAAAGGCUGCUAGCAACAAGAAGGCAGUUGGCAACAAGAAGACUGCUGGUUCCAAAAAACCUUCCAACAACAAGAAGGCUGGUGCUAAGAAGACUGCCGGCAACAAGAAGACCGUCGGAAACAAGAAGGCCUCUGGCAACAAGAAGUCCCCUGGUGCCAAGAAACCUGCUGGUGUGAAGAAGGCUUCCGGUAGCAAGAAGACUGGCAACAAGGCUGUUGGCAAGAAGGCCGGCAACAAGAAGUCUCCUGGUGCUAAGAAGUCUGCUGGUAACAAGAAGGCAGUUAGCAACAAAAAGACUGCCGGUGCAAAGAAACCUUCUGGCAAUAAGAAGGCUGGCAGCAAGAAGGCAGUUGGAAACAAGAAGACUGCAGGUAACAAGAAGGCCGGCAAUAAAGCUGUUAGCAAGAAUGGCAGCAAGAAGGCCAGCGGCAAUAAGAAGACCGCUGGCAACAAGAAGGCCGGUGCUAAGAAGUCUCCUGCUGGCAGCAAGAAGUCCGGUACUAAGAAGACCCCUGGCAAGAAGGCCGGAAACACCAAGGCUGCUGGCAAGAAGACUACCAACAAGAAGGCCGCUGGCAAGAAGGCCGGUAGUAAGACUGUUGGCAAGAAGGCUGGCAACAAGAAGUCUCCUGCUGGUAGCAAGAAGUCCAGUGCUAAGAAGACCCCUGGCAAGAAGACCGGAAACACCAAGGCUGCUGGAAAGAAGGCAGGCAACAAGAAGACUUCUGGAAAGAAGGCCGGUAACAAAGCUGUUGGCAAGAAUAGCAACAGGAAGGCCGGUAGCAAGAAGGCAGCUGGAGCAAAGAAGUCUCCCGCUGGCAGCAAGAAGGCUGGUGCCAAGAAGUCUCCUGGUAACAAGAAGGCAGUUGGCAACAAGAAGACUGCCGGUAACAAGAAGACUCCUGGCAAGAAGGCCGGAAACAAGAAUGCUGCUGCUGGUAAGAAGGCCGGUGACAAGUCAGCCGGAAGCCCCAAGUCGAAAUCGAAGUCAGCACCCAGCUGCAUGAUUGGCGGCAAGGCGAAGCGAGGUGACGAGUGCCUGAUCGGAGCCCACAAGGAGGGUGGUCUCGGCAUUGACCGUGAUGCCUCCAUGGGCUUGAAGAAGGGCGACGAGACCGUUUACAACUCAAGGAUCAAUAGGCAGGGCGAGGGUGCCGACAAGGAAAUCACCAACGGCGGACUUUACGGAGUGGCCUCGGACGCCAUGGACGAAAUGCAAGCCAAGCACAAGAACUACGGUGGUGAAAAGCCGGGAGUCAUGACGGCCAUGGUGGCUGAUGGUGGCAAAGGCGACAAGGUCUACCUCGGAAGUUCCCAAAACAACGGCGAGUCCUUGAUCCACAAGACAGAGAAGGGCGAGAACGGCGAAGACAAACUCAAGUACCCCGAGACGAACAGACUGGUCACGGAGGCCGAGGAGGCCGCCAAGGGCACGAGGCCUGGCCUGACGGAGGGCGCAGACCCCAAGCAUGGAAACAACGCCAAGUGUGGCGAGGAGUCGUGCAUUGGCAUGUGGGAGAAGGACAACCCGGGCAAGACGCUGAACGAGGCAGACGCCAGAUUCGUGACGGUUCAUCGUUCUGGCGGAGAGAACAAGAUUAUCCCUCCCUGCGACGGUAAAGACGGUAAAGGCAUCGGCUGCAAGUCCGUCCUAGCGCAUGGAGGUGCCUCAGAUGCCGAUAAGGAUGCUACGCAAAAGGAACCAUACCAUCUCGGCAACGACUAUUCAACAACUAACAUGGAAUUGGGAGCCAAGGAUGGCGGCAAGGAGCGUGAGGACAAGGCCGGUAGAGAAGCUGCUGAGGCGGCGAGAUUGGAAGAAAACAGGAGGAAGAAGGCGGAGAAGCAGGCAAAGAAGGAUGCCAAGAAGGGGAGGAAGCCGCAAGCCGAAGGAGAGGCCAGCGCGGAGUAA